AUGAUGCAGGAUCCGGACAUUCUGGAAGCCAAGAUGCUGAUUUCCGAUUUUCAAAAGAUGAAUGUAAAACGCAAGGGCAAGGGCAAGGGCAAGGGCAAGGGCAAGGGCAAGAAGGGCCCAGGGAGACAAAGCUCUAGAAAAGCGAAGCAAGACGGAUCGAGCGAUGAAGAGGAAGAAAAAAUGUGGUAUGAAGAAGGACCGUCCCAGGAAGGGUUGUCGAAGGAAGAAUUGGAUUCGGAGGAAACGUUGUUCUGCCAAGAUGGAGAUCUGAAGGGGUUGUACGAGCAUGUUUAUAGCAAGUAUUACCGUGAAGAGUAUGGCCGACGAUAUGGCAAAUGGUCCAAACUGGAACAUCUUCUCCGCUUGGAUGAGGGAGAGCAGGAGGAUACUGCUGGGGACUCGCUCCUGGUCAUGGGAGGAUACUCUGGUCCCUAUCCUGGAUAUGCUAAAAAGUGCUCGAAACUCAGGACGGUUGAGUAUCUCUCCAUUUCGCCUCAAAGAUCAAAUGAUUGGCCAAACAUGUCGUCUAUUAGAGUAAGCUUAGCAGCGUGCGGGUACCAGUCCCGGGUCUUCGCUAUCGGCGGAUUCGAUGGAAUGCUACUGAUGAACUCGUGUGAAAGUUUGAGUGUGUCGGAGGCUGCUUUGGAGCUGCGGUGUGUCAAGAUCGAAUUUAUGCUGUUGGAGGUUGCAGCAGCCAAUAUUUGCUCGACUCUUGUGAGUUGUUGGAUCUUGGAAGGGGAUCGUGGAUCGAGGGGCCGAAGCUUCUUCGGGAAAGGUACUGCCAUGCCGUCGCAGUCGUCCCCGAGACAAAGAGGAUCUAUGCAGUCGGCGGGAAACCAUGUCGCCAAAGUCUGGGAUGAAAUGAGAGGCGUUUACGAGGAGACGUUGAGCCCUGAUGCAGCAGCGCUGUUUGAAGUAGAAUCCCUUGAUCCGAGGGAGGGGAAAUGGAGGAAAGAAGAGCCGAUGAGGACUGGACGGUGGCAUGAUGUCAUCAAGCUGCAGUACAAUAAAACAUGGCACUCGGCUGUCGUAUGCCAGAUCUGA